UGGUGUUCACGUGACUGAGGCGGUUGAAGCGCAUGCGCUCUCCCGAGGACGUUCAGUGCGGUGUCGUCUUGCCCACCAUUUUAUUAUCAAAGGGAAUGUCCACUCAGUCCGUCCUCGUCCCCCUUCCUCUACCUGACGGAGUCCGUUGCCGCUGAUGGCCUUCAGGAGGUUGCCAUUCCCUCAGCUGACUCUCGCCGCGUUGCUGGGGGUGGCGGGCGGCCUGUACGUAUACAAGCCCCUCUUCCAGCGGUACAGCCUGGAGCAGCGCAAAGCCCGGGAGGCGGCCCUGGCUCAACUGCCUGAGUCUCACCGCCCCCAGAGCCCAGCCGAGAGCUGACCCUGGCCCAGAUAACGGGAGGAAGGCGACUCUUCAUCGAGGGCGAAAUGUUAGAGCGUCUGUGAAAUGGGCCGUGGGAUAUUUUUAGCCCUAUUUCCAAAACGCUAUUGACCUUUACAAUGCAGAAACAUGUCAACAUUUUUUUAAAAUGGUAAUAAUACUCUCACCUCGAUGAAGACAAAGUUGUGGCUGUAACUCCCAAUCCAUAAAUUCAAAGUGGACGGCGCGAUGCAUUGCUGAGGGAGGGCUGCACUAGUGGAGGUGCCGUCUUUUGAACUAAAUACAUCAGCCUUUGGUUUAGUGUUAUCUCAGAUGGAGAAGAAGCAGACCUUCACCUUUCUGUCAACACCUAAAAAUAGACCAUGUGGCCAUUAUCACAUUACAGUAGGUUUCUGUGUGACUUGUUUCCUAUAAGUGACUACUUAAAAAGAAUUAGCUGCAAAGUGCUUUGGGACAAGGUUAUUAAAAAAAACUCCCAGAAACACUAGAAAUUGCUAAACAAAAUUCCUGGGUUUAUCAGGAUUAGGUAUUUUUGCUACUGAAUUGCUUUUUUUCAGAUAGAAAUGGAGAGUAAGUCUCAAGCCUUUGGUGAUGGCUUUAUCCAAGAGUAUUGAGGUUGAAUUUCAUAAAAGCAAAGUCUGGAUGUUGGUCCCCUCUCAUCAUCAUGCAAAAAAAUUGAGUGAAAUUGAGAGAUGUGCUGUAAUAGUCUUUACGUUAAUCUGUGAUGUUGAUCCUUCCAGAAGAAAGAUUCCGGAUUGCCUUCAUAUUUAAGGACUGAUCUUAUUGACAUAUGAACUAGGAGCAGGCCUGGGCCAUUUGGUUCCUUGUCUACUGUGUAAUUUGAUAAGAUGGCUGAUCUGAUUGGAGCCUCAAUACAACUUUUCUGUCCAUCUCCCAUACUUUUGUGAGUCCUUAUCAAUGCAAAAUCUUUAACUCAACCUUAAAAAUAUUCAAUGGCUCUGCCUCCACUGUCUCUUGGGAAAAUAGAUCCAAAGACUCAACCUUCUGAAAUAAGAAAAAAUCUCCACCAGCUUGAAGGGAACUGCCUCAUUUUUGUCUGCUGGUUCUAAUCUCUCCCAAAAGGGAAAAAAAUCCUCCUGGCAUUCAUACAAUCAACUUCCUUGUCCCAAGAAUCAUUGGAGUGAAUUUUCUCUGAACUGUUUCUGAACCAUUAUAUGCUGUCUUCAUUAGUACAUGCUACGCAGAAGUUAAGACAAUUCUGUAACUAUCUGGUUUAGAACCUCAAGUCUAUCUCUAAUUGGCUGUGGAAAAGGAAACACAAAUACGUGUAUGAAGUGAGAUAUUUUCAUUAUUAAGUUCCAGUAAAUUAAUAAGUAUCUCAAUUGUUUAUUUGAUUUAUUGAAUGUAAUUUUCAGAAAAUAUCAGUUGAUGUGGAAUAAAAUCUGUUGGUAUUGAUGAAUAUCUAUGAAUACAUUGAUCGUAGUACUUUAAAAAAUGCUCCUGAUUUUGUGGGAAAAAGUCCUAGCAAAGCUGAAGUUGCUGCACCACCAGAAAUUGCAUUUCCGCAUUAGCUAGUUGAUUGAAUCCAGCGUGUUGGUGAAUAUUUUGAGUACGUUUGGUCGAAAAUGAAGAUGUGCAGAUUUUUCCGUGGAAUGAGGUCUUGUAAUUUUUGAAGAUUAUUCACUUUUUUUCACUGAACUCAUAAUGUCUGCACUGACCUGCACGUUACCCUCGUGUUUGAUUGCUGAAGGGUUGAGCAAAAACUAAUGCCAUACAUCAAGUUUGCAUCCCUGAUUGUCCAUCAUGGUCACUGAAAUGUAGUUUAGCAAUUGAUUAAACUUACACUUGGAAUUUAAAUAUUUAAGUUAUCCUUGUACUAGUUUAACUUUGCAACAAUACAUGAGUUUGUUACUGUGCAAGAUAGAAAAGUAAUCACUCUCCAGUGGAUUUUGGAGUAAAUGUGCAGUGUGUUUAUGGCAUCAAACAUCCUAGGUUUGAUGUGAGGCCUAAUCACCUAAUUUUAUAUGCAAUGCAGCCAGGUCUACACGUGUUGGCUGCUAUUCAAUAAAUUGUGUUCAAAAAUCCAGCUUCUUUUUGUCACUGCUUUUGCCUCCUGAUUACAGGUAAGAGAUGAUAUUUUGAUUUGGAUGGUGUUAAUAUAAUUCCCUUAAAAUGUCACUGGUGACUGCUGCCAGAUAUUUUUGGUGAAUUUUCCUUGAGCUUUCCAUAGGUCAGUUAUAUUUUCCCCCAUUACAGAGCAGCCAUGUCACAAUUCUCAUGCUUCCAAACCAGAAAGUUUGUGGGUGAAGUGUAU